AUGGAAAAAUUUAAAACUUCCCCGUCCCCAGAAAAACGGGAUGGGCGACCUGCCCAUGAGAAAAGUGGACGGUUAAGUAGUCGCAGUAAUACACCUGAUAUAGUUGCGAAUACGACUGAUAACACUUCGAGCGAUGAUUAUUACGAUGAACCGACCAAUUCUACCAAUACAUCUUUGGCCACGACGCCCGUUUGUUGUAUUGACAGCAAAAGUCACCAUUUGCCGCCGCCACCUUCUCAGUUCCCAGCCAAAUUUAACGUCAACUCUUAUCCUAUCUGUGAUAUUCCUAUGCAGAAUGUACCAUCCGUGCCAUAUCACCAGGUUAACCUACCACCAAACCGUGCUGAUCAGCCACUGCAUCCAAUCCACUGUUCUUCGAACGAAACGCGUAUACUCCAACAACCGGUGAUAUAUGCAAACACGCCAAGCAAUAGGGGAGACAACUGGCAAAACCGAACUCGCGAAGUACCGGUGAUUACGAGUGCUGGGCGAUCCCAUGUGAUGAUGCCGAAACCAAAUGCUGCUGAUCAAGUUGUGAAUCCGAACGAAAUUUAUGCAAAGGUUGACAAAACACGUAAAAAGGAAGCUAAGUCGAAGACGGCUUCACCUACUUAUCAAAAUACAGAGGAAAUUGCUACAACAGUUGUUGCCGUGCCAAAACGAAAUGAAACUAAGGUCACAGUAGAAAAGACUUCCCCCGUUGAGGCCGAGGACAUACCGAGGGCCAUACCUAACACAAAUAUAGCAGUCGCAUUUGUGGUCACAUGUUGUUUCAAUCUGCCGCUGGGAGCAUUGGCUAUUUAUUGUUCCUUAGUUGCUGCUCAAGCUUUUCGUGAUGGUAAAAUGAAAAAAGGUGAGCGCCGUACUCAGAUUUCAAUGUUGUUAAGUCUAUUUGGGAUUUUAGUUACUGUUCUAGUUGUGAUGGGAGUUGUUCUUCAUCUGGCUAUGUCAGGAGCAAAAGGUAAAAAGAAACGCACCCAAUCAGAAGGAGCUCGUGAAUUGGAUAUAAGUCUCUGAUCCAGUGUUAUAGUAGGUCUUUAUUUUGUUUUGGGGAUGCAUGAGUGUCAAACAAUAUAAAAAAAAUUGUGUUGGAUAUAUUUCGUGGUCGUAGAAACAAACCACUGUGAUGGGGUUCUAUUUUCCUAUUUUCAUCGGUAAAACCAAUGUGCUUGAUCUAUGUUCUUGAUAUUUAUGACUAAAGUGCUUGAUUUAUGUGUGAUCUUUGAAACAUUUUGACACACCAACAAUAUGGAUAACCUUUGGAUUUUUUUUAGAUGAAGAAAUACACAGACGUGUGCUUGAAAAGAAAAUUGUCUUAUAUUUAGAUAAAAAAAACCAUGAAACUUGGCGUUCUGGAAGCUAUCAAUUGGAAUUACUUUAACCAAACCUAUUGUGUAUAGGCUACCCAAACAGGUUUAAAUUCCCAAUCAAAUGUCGGUCCACAAAAGCGUUAGUUGAUGUCAACAGAGUAAUUUUCAAUCAUUAAAACAAUGGACAUCGAUAUAGAUUAUAAAUAUUGAUUAUAUAGUGAUACGGUCGAGACUUUUCAAAAAUGUAAGUUUAUAGGGUAUGUCGGUUUGCAGUAGAUGUUGUUCGGAAGGGUUUCACUGUAUAUAAUAUACAAAUAUAAGGAACAGCAUAACCUGAGUAAUUAUAACACAGUAUUUAUUGUAUAUAUUAUUAUGUAUUAAGAUUGUAUAUCUUCAUCAAACGCUAUGUCAAACCGGCUCAUUAAUAGACGAGCUACAGAACUUUUUUUAAAACAUGCAUGAUUUGUCAUAUGGGCUUCCUCAUAUAGAAAUCACAUGAAACUAGAAACCAUACUUAGUGUUCCAUCACGCUCUAUUUCAACAUGCAUCGAACAUUCUAUUUUUGUGUUUAACUUCAGAUGUUCAGUGUAAAGGAUAAAAGAGUACUGUAUCUAUAAGAAAUGUAUUUUUAAUGCCUCUGAGAGAUUUCAAACUUCCGGCGAUUGAACACAAUUUUCUUGUAUAGUAAAAUAUAUAUAAUAGAAGAGUUUGUGGUUCGUUCGCUGACAGUUUGAAUAGUUUUGGUGAUUGUGUUACAAGAAAUAUGUAAACAUAUAACAUAUCACAUAUAACGGAUAGUGAUAUUUCUAACCGGAUAGUGAUAUGUCUAACCGGAUAGUGAUAUGUCUUAACCGGAUAGUGAUAACCCUAGCCGGAUAGUGAUAUAUCUAACCGGAUAGUGAUAUGUCAUAAUCGAUAGCCAUUUGCCAUGAUGGAUAAUGAAAUGUCAUAACUGAUUGUGAUGUGUCUUACAGGCUAGUGAUAUGUCAUACCGGAUAGUGAUAUGUCUAUCGGAGAGUGAUAAGUCAGAAUCAACAGUCAUAUGUCGUAAUGCAUAGUGACAAGUCAUACCGGAUAGUGACAAGUCACACCGGAUAGUGAUAUGUCACACCGGAUAGUGAUAUGUCUAGCCGAAUGGUGAUAUGUCUAACCGGGUAGUGAUAUGUCUAGCCGGAUGGUGAUAUGUCAUACCGGAUAGUGAUAUGUCAUAUCGGAUAGUGAUAUAUCAUACCUAUUAGUGAUAUGUCAUACCGGAUAGUGACAUAUCAUACCGGAUAGUGAUAUAUCUACCGGAGAGUGAUAUGUCGGAAUCAAAGGUCAUAUGUUGUAAUGGAUAGUGACAAGUCAUACCGAAUAGUGAUAUGUCAUUCAGAUUGAAAUAGGUCAUACUGAGAAUAUCAUCGGCUUUCAUCAUUGUUAGCAUAGUAAUAUUAUUAGGAAUGAAAGUUUGUUUUAAUCAGUGCCUUAUAAUAAAGAUUAUGUAG